UACGCGGAGGAGAUGUCGGCGGGGAGGACCCAGAUACAUUAUUGACGUUGUCCCAGUCUGUACUCUAGAGAUAUUUCUCAUCAUAGCUGCAUUGGAUUACAGAGCAAAGAAUGGGAAGGAGCAUACGCGGAAUUAAUUACACUGAAAGCCUGGCUGUCUCUACCGAACACCGACUUUUGCUUUUCAGCCGUAUUUUCAGGAGGGACUAGCUCCAGGGAAGCGAGCAAGCUAGCACUACAGGCUAGCUUCGCAGCGAAGCUAGCUUGCUAGCUAAACUGCUGCCUUAUAGUGGCCCACAACAAACCUCCCAGCUAGCAUCCGUCGCAUGCACAGGAAGAAAAAAUGGUGUACUUGUUGAAUCCUAUAGAGAACUUGAGAAGCUACAUCAACAACCGUCCACCGCUGGUCAUUUUUAUGAUCAGCGUCAGUGCAGUGGCCAUCGCCUUCCUGACCAUUGGUUAUUUCUUCAAGAUUAAGGAGAUUAAGUCUCCAGAGCUGACAGAGGACUGGAACACCUUCCUGCUGCGCUACAAUGAGCUGGACUUUUGUGUGUCAGAGAAUGAAACGAUAAAACAUGGCCUGAAUGAGUCAACCACGCCAGAGAGCAUGGUUGUGACCAGCGGUCAGGCUCGUUCCAGCACCCAGGUGCCCCUCCUACUAGAGGACUCGGGACCCAUCAAUAUCUCAGUCCCCAUCACCCUCACGCUGGACCCACAGCGCCCCUUUGGAGGGUACUCUCGCAAUAUCACCCACCUGUAUGCCACAGUACUGGGGCAGCAAGUCGGCUUGUCUGGCCGGGAAGCUCAUGAAGAAAUAAACAUCACAUUCACCCUGCCUGUAUCCUGGAACUCAGAUGACUGUGUGCUGCACGGACACUGCGAGCAGGUGGUGUUCAGCACUUGCAUGACCAUCACGGCGGCCAGCAAUAUCUUCCCCGUCACAGUGCAGCCACCUCACUGCGUCCCAGAGACCUACACCAACGCCACAUCCUGGUACAAAGUGUUCACUACAGUCCGUGACUCGGAUACCAAGUACAGUCAGGACUACAACCCCUUCUGGUGUUACAAAGGAGCCAUCGGCAAGGUGUACCACGCUCUCAACCCAAAGCUUACUGUCAUUGUUCCUGAUGAUGACCGUUCCCUCAUCAACCUGCACCUGAUGCACACGAGCUACUUCCUGUUUGUCAUGGUCAUCACUAUGUUCUGCUACGCAGUCAUAAAGGGACGACCUGGCAAAGUACGACAAACCAACCCCGACUUCUGUCCUGAGAAGGUACAACAGACACCAGCAGUGCUUUAUGACGUGAACAGGUGGCGUUGUCAGAGGGUUAAAAAGACAUCAGAGCGAGGUGUCAGAACUUAUCUGUGACACGGACAACUCAGAUAAACAGAAGAAAUAAAAAAAAUAAAAACAUACCAGUUGCCUAGUGAACCUUGGAAAUACAAUAAGGGACACAAAAGCUCUGUGAAUGCAUUACUCUUGCAAUGUUGGGUUUCUCCAACCAAAGAUAUACAAGUGCCUGUAUCUGUCGUGUAAAUAUUUGUAGGAACUCUGAUAUUCUGUGCAAAACCUUUUUUUUUUUCUUUUUGUUUGUUAUAAUAAUUAUUUGAUCAUUUUUGCCUGAGUCCCCUUGUGCCAUGUCAGAACAUGCAGUAAUUUAAACAAAGCAGAAGGCCAGAUCCAAGAACUGCAGAGCCACUUUUCAUAUCAUUAUGCCUCAUUUAUCAAGCAAGAGAAAAAACUAAGGGAAUUUAUCCUUUGAUUUGUUGCAUUUGGAUCCCUUAAACCCCUCUGUAAACAAAGUAUUUUUAUGAUAAGAAGCAUGGUGUUUAGUCACAUUAACUAUGUCAAAGUGAACUGAAUAUCCAGUUUAAGGUAUUUACUCGUAAUGCCAUUGAGGAUUAAAGCAUCAAUAAGCACUUACCAUUGCAGCUUCGGCAACAAGGAAAAUACUGAUUAAAGCACUUUUCUCUGCCACACCUGUGUACUCAAAAGUCUGGUCAAAGUGCAAACACUUCAUAAAGUAACAAUUAAUUAAUUUAAUUCAACCCCUAAUCAUAUUUUGUAUUAUCUAAUUAACAAUAAUGCUCUCCUUUGUGUCUGCAAAGUCAAUAGAAGUAUUUAGAUGAUUGCACUGUGCACAUUUAUAAACACUCAACAACCACUUCAUUAGGUAUACCUGCUCAACUGCUCAUUAACACAGAUAUCCAAUCAGCCAAUCACAUGGCACCCUUUCUUUCUCAUUCUGAUGCUCUUUUUGAACUUCAGCACAUAGUCAUGACCAUGUCUACAUGCCUACAUACAUUGGUUGCUGCCAUGUGAUUGGCUAAUUAGAUAUUUGCCUUAAUGAGCAGCUGAUCAGGUGUACCUUAUAAAGUGGCUGAUGAGUGUAAGAACCCAAAUGUCUACAGCAAGUUAAUAAAUCCCGGUGUCCGAUCAUGUAUUAUAUUAGACAUAAAGAUUGCAGUUAAAGUGCUGCAAAACUUCCUGUGGUUUGUGAGGAUUUUUUUUUUUUUUUUUUUUUUUUUUUAACUAUUUUGCCACACUUCAAGUCAGAAUAUCUGCCUUUUGUUUUUCUUCCUCUCUGGCUUCAUCGCUCACCUGCCUCUAUCUUUCUUUUCUUUAGUUUGCUGCAUGUAGCUGCAGCAGGUUUUGUAAUUUUUGCUUCUACAGUUGGAUUCAGACUUUCAUGUUGCAUCUGGGAGAAGUAAAACAUUAUCUUGCCUUACUUAUGGCUGACGUGCUUGCUCGAUAAACACACAGGGAGAUUAUUCUUUUAUCUCCUCCCUACAGUCCCUUCUUCCACAGCCAUCCUCCUCCUCUUGUUUCUUCCAGUUUAAUGAGCCUGUGGUUUGAAAUCAAACUUGUGACCUUUCUUUUUUCCUUUUAAUGUAAAUGUUAUAUUUUAGGAACAACUUGUGCUUUUAUUUUAAGCAAAUCAUUAUCAGUUGUUCAUGUGUUUGCAUAGUUAGUGCACCUUUAAAUUUCUUGCACAUUUGGGUUAUUUGCUCCUGUGAUUUUUUUUUUUUUUUUUUUUUUACUUUGUCCAAGGUCAUAUGUAAAAAAGUUUAACUUUGGACUUUAUUAACCUUUUUCAAGGUUGGACUUACCUGAAUUGAAAAUGAUUAUAUAUGUCUAUAAUUAUAUUUAUAGAGCUGAUAUUAUUUUAUGUUCAAUCAUUUUGUUUUCUUAUGAUUUUGUGGUACAAAAAUGCGCAAAAUGUCACUUGGGGUUAGAAUUUCUGUGAGCGAGUUUGGGAAAUGUUGAGAUAAAAAAAGGCAGAUUUAGACUGUGAUUCUCAAAUUCCCAGAAGAUCAAACAUCUAACUUUGAACAGAUGUUAGUAAGAAGGGUUGCUCCAAUACCAAGCCCUAAUGCUCAUACUUGACCUCCUAAAACAUUACUGAUGCUCCACUUCAACAUUAGACAGUUUCAUGUUGGCCUCUCUUUAUUUGAGCAGGUUGGCUUACUUGGUGAUUUGAUGAAUUUUUAACAUAAAUAAGGAUGACAAACAUAGAGCAGACUGCAAGCUUAGUACUGCUAAAUUCGUAAAAAAAGGAUGAGGAACAGGUGAUGUCAAGAAGUCAAACUUCUAGAAUAAUCAGAGAACUGUAUUGGAAUUUCCACUCUUAUACAUAGUACUUGUGAGCAUCUAACGUACUUGUACAUGGUCUUAAACAAGGUGGUAUGGGUGUUUCUCUACUAGUAAGCAAAAAUAUUGUAAUUUGGCUGACACCUCCCUGGAUGGCUCCACACUAGACAAUCUUAGGCCUUACUUUGGGCCCAAUGCAGGCUUGUCAAAACCAAUAUUUGUCCAAAUAAUCCUCACUUAUGCUGUCAAAGUGACCAUUUUACUGCUUCUAUCAAGUUGAACCCUCCCUGAUCAGGAAUCAUAAAUAGGAAGCAUGUUUUACGUAGCAGUGUCCCCAGGUGAGUAAUUUCUUAUCUGAUUAAAUGCAAAUAAAAAUUGUAUUUAGUUGACAACUAAGACGUAAAGAAAACACAUUCUUAAACCAACUUCACAUGCAGAAUUGUUUUACAAAAUGUAGCCAAUGUUAGUAGUGUUAGAACCAUCGGCCUUCAAUCCUCUUUACAGGUUAACAUUCAUAUAAUUUUGCAGAAUAACUAAUUGCUUCUUUUAUAGUAUAAUCAGGCACAACCUAUGGACAACUUUGUCCCCUACUUCAAGAUCAAACUAGAGCUAAACUGCACUGCUACCAAGAGAUGCAAUUGAUGCCAUCAUUAAAGGGCAUUGUAGCAGCAAGGCAACAGUCAUUGAGAAUGGCCCGAACCCAUAAAUAAGACAUGGCUGCUGACUACCAAGGGAUUUAGCCAUUUAGCCAUCUAAUCACCAAGGCUGCCUGGAACAGAUAAUUUGCCAUAGCCAACAAGAGAGAACAUUUAGCAUGUCACCAACCAAUGUUGCAUCCUUUUGCAAUUCACUUCCAGUUUGCACUGUAAAGUGUGUAAGCUGCUCUUGUUGGGUCUUCUCAGUCAGGAUUUCAAUUAGUUGUUUUUUUCUUUUUUCUUUCUUGCUUAAAGGAGAACAAAUGUUUUAAAUGUUGAGAUGUGUCUGUCAAAUCUGUUCUGUAAAAUCGUCAACACAAACAGCUGAUGUUGAGGUCCGAUGGUCUGGCUGAGUCAUCAGCUGGACAGUGGUUGCAUUCAGAGGAUUGUAAUGGUAAAAAUCAGUUGAAAACUGUCCUUAUGUCAGUGGUUCACCACAUUUUUAAAAUUGGUCAAGAUUUGAAAAUAGUCUAGUAUGCAGCCAGCCAGUACAGUGCAGAACUUCAAAGCAUGCAUGGGCCAAAAAUUGAAGCUGAAGUAAGGCGUAGAAGUUGCCUGAGGGCACCAUUUGGUGGGAAGGAGGAGCAUCCCUAGUUGUGCUCUGGGUGUCCUUGCAUAUUACCAGGGGCGUGGGAAAAUAAUAUGUUGAAAAGUCCACGCCUUUAGAGUGGAGUGAGGGGUUGCAUCGAGCCCCUGGUCAUGCUUUGGAUGUCCUAAGGCCUGAAAAACCGCCAGUGGUCUCCAGGCACAUUACCAGGGGUGAAAAGGCCAGCAAAAGAGAUGCCGUCGAGCUUGACCUCUGCUGCUGAACAACCACGUGUCGACGUGUUGAGCUUGAUUCUAUGGCUGCCCUCUACCCCUCUUAAGCCCUAGGCUGCAGCACAUCAAGCCCUGUGAUGAAUCCUUCACACGUUACAUGACUAAAACUUGUGCACGACUGUUUUAGUUCAUGAAUUGCCUGCACAUUCAUACACUGAACUUUAGCUUCAAGGAUGAAACAUUUUCCUUCAAUAGUUGUAUAUCUUGAAAUCACAGCUUAUUUUGACAAUCAUUUCCCUUUACUGAACUGCUAUCGAGACACUAAAGUGCUCUAGUAGGUUUAGAUAGUUUUAAAAUAGAAAUCUCAAAGAAACAUGUCGUGGAAGUCUUUGUCCACUCUUGUAGUGAAAACCGAGAAUCGCCGUCUAAAUCUGCCUUAAAAAUCUGUUUGACUUUUUUCCAAUAGCAAUUACUGAAACAUGUAACUUACCUCUGUGUUUUAAUUUUUUUUCCAUAAUUGAUGUACCUGUUGAAUGUACUUUUUUUAUAAGCAGCAUAAUCGAAAUCUGAGAUGCAAGAAUUCCACAUGAUUUUAAACUAUGUUGUAGUUUUUUGUUUUUUUUUUCUUUUUUUGUUAAUUUUAAAGCUUUACUUGAAUUCCGUUUUUGGUUUGAGUGGUAUUCUUAUAUGAUAAGGUUUAUCCUUCAUGUGGCAGAAUGAAUCUCUUGUUACUUUAUUGUAUCACACACUUUGUACAUGAUAUUGUUUGAUUUGUGUGUGUAUGUUGAGUGAAAGGGUUUUGGUUCUGAAGGUUGUGAUUUUGUUUUUUCCUGUAAUGAAUGAAGCUAGGACAAGUCUUCCUUAUUCUUCUGUGUAUCAUAUUUGAGCAUGGAUCUGUUGCUUUUACCGCCAUCACUAUUUCCUGUGCUUUCACGCUGCAGCUUCACGCUUUUAUUUUUUCAAUUGGAAGAUCUGGCAGCUCUUAUUGGACGGUCGGAUGUGGCGUGGUUUGGGUUGGGCUGGGUGUGAAUGAAGCAUGCCAUAUGAUUGCCAAACCAUCCUGCAUUAACCUGCUCCAUAUCCCUCUUUUGAUGAUUGUUGUUUUUAUUUUGGAUCAGAAUUGCAUCUGUAUAAUUGCAAAAUGCCUUAACAUCGUCCAGAUUCAUUUUAUUUUCUUUGUUUCACAUAUUGCAUAUUGUAAAAUGCCGGAUUUAUGGACAAAAAUCCAAACAUUUACUUAUUUUAUCACUUCUGGGAUCCAAGAGGCUCCAUGCUGCUUGUUAAGUGCACAGUUAGAGAAAUGGGAUUUUAAGGAGCAGAUGCUUGCUGUUGUAGUUUUUUAACUCCCCGCUAUAUCACCAAGGAUUGGAGUACAAACAGAGGAGCCAUAUUCUCCUUAGUUGCAUCCUCUCACUGUGUUGUCAGCUUUACAUCAUGAGCAGAAACACAAGUCUCCAAUAUAAAGCUGCCAUUUCACUUUGUUUUUUCUUUCUGUCACGUCAGUAGCGCUUACAGGCGAGUAUUAAGCCAACUCUGUGCCUUCUGCACUAUCCAGCUGCAUCCUCCUCCCUGUACAUACCGUAGAUAGGACCAUAGGUUUAAUGUGGCUAGAAUCAUUCAGACCCUUUUUCCUCUCCAGUGGAACUGCUGUAAAUGAACUCAAGUUUAAAUAAACUGUCUCUAAAGUUCAA